AUGGGUGGCGUCAAUGUCGACGAUGAUGUUGUAGUUGUUGUUGUAGUGGUUGUUGUUGUAGUUGAUGUUGUAGAUGUCGAGGACGAUGAUGGUGGUGGUGGCGUUGGAAUGCUGCUGUUGCUACCACCUCCAACCACCACUACAUCAUUGACGAUUGACGAAGAAGGUGAUGUUGAUGAAAAAGUCGAAGAUGAGGCAGAGGAAGAUAGUGAGCCAGAGCCUGUGAGUGGGCCGGCUGUACCUGUCUCGAAGAAGCUGGUCGUGUCCUUUGUAACCUCUUCGUUGUUCUUGUUGAUCAAACUGGCGAUGCUGUGGCGAUACUUGGAGUGCUUCUCCUUCUUGAGCGUCUUGGAAACGGAGAUGCCACAGGCGUUGCACAGGUCUUCGUUGUUGGGUCCUCGUCUCCACUCGGGUGUAUCAGUGGCGUUGCAAUGUGCACAUGAUUCAGGCUUCUUCUUGCGCGGCCUGCCACGCUUCCUUCGCACGUCGUCAGUGGCCACCUCUACCACGGGCUUGGGCCGUGCCUGGUUCUUCCUGGGCGGCUUGCUCGAGACAAAGUAUACGCUGUGUAGUUCUAGUCGUGUCUUCUUGGUGCUGACGUUGCUGUCGAUCGGAUCAUCCUCGCCAUCGCUUGGUGGGGAUCCAGGUGUCGCUGUGGUGGUCGUAGUCGAGGUCGAUGUCGAAAUGGUCGUGUCAAAAGGAUGGAUUGGUCGAGGUAGAAACGAUGUUGGUGAUGAGUAUCCACUGCCACUGCUUGCCAACGUUGGCUCGGACAUUUGUUCCAAGUCCAAGUCUUGGAAUUUGUCCAAACUCUUUGUGUGUUGUUCUUUGUUGGCGAGUGUGGCGGCGGCAACUUGA